AAACAUAUGUUCAUAUAUAGACAUCAGUUUGUGGGUCAAAAAGGCAAUGCCGAUAUUUGCAAAGUGUUCAAAGUUUGAACAAAUUUUAUUACACCCGGACACAAGGGGAUGUCCAAAUUAGAUGACAAGGCGGAUUGUGCUCUCGAAGGCUUUAAUAGCUUGGCUUCCCAAGGCUAUGAAUACUAGCUUCACGUUCCCUCUGCUCAGCCCCAUCACAGGAUAGCUAGUGUCCUCCGAACAAGUCGCCCCUGUCUUCACGUCGCGCGUCAGCAACUGCGUUGUUAAGAUGUUCAACUCACCGGACUGGGUGUUCUCUAUGUUUGCUUUCCUCGGAUUCUUGUGCUGCAUGAUUCCGCUUCCCUGGCAUUUGGAAGCAUGGAACACUGGAACUUGUCUUUACAUGAUCUGGACCGGUCUAUCGUGUCUAAUCCAGUUCAUUAACUCCAUCGUUUGGAGGGCGAAUGUGAUUAACUGGGCUCCCGUGUGGUGUGAUAUCUGUCAGAAUUUUCCUCUUGUUCUCGUUGCCAAGACUCAUGUUUAUUUCGUAGCCGCAAAAUUCAUGAUCGGGAGCUCCGUUGCCAUCCCCGCUUGUUCGCUUUGCAUCAACCGUCGUCUCUACCACAUCGCAUCAGUUUCCUCGGUCACAAAGACAAGGGCGCAGAAGAGACGCGACAUCAUGACCGAUCUGGCUAUUGGUGCUGGUAUCCCCGUCUUGGAGAUGAUUCUGCAAUAUAUCGUACAAGGCCAUCGGUUCAAUAUUUUUGAGGAAAUUGGCUGUUAUCCUGCCACUUUUAACACCCCUCCUGCAUUUGUAUUGGUAUUUACAUGGCCCUUGAUCCUUGGAUGCAUCUCCGCUUACUAUUGCGUCCGCACUAUUGUCGAACUAGCCCAGCGAAGGGCUCAGUUCAUGGAGUUCCUUUCUGUAAACAAGAACCUGAGUUCCAGUCGUUACUUCCGCCUCAUGGGUCUCGCUGGUAUUGAGAUGUUAUGCACGGUUCCUAUGGGUGCCUAUGUCGUCUACCUCAAUGCUACUGCCCAACCAGUCUACCCCUGGAUCAGUUGGGCCAACGCACAUUACGACUUCUCUCGCGUCGAACAAAUUGCAUCAGAAUUCUGGCGCCUGAACGAUGAUCUCGUGUUGUCGCUCGAGCUCAGCCGAUGGCUCCUCAUCGUCUGCGCAUUCGUAUUCUUUGGUUUCUUCGGGUUCGCCGAUGAGGCCAGGAAGAACUACCGCCUCGCCUACGUUUCAGUUGCGAAGCGCGUGGGUCUUUCGACCGCUGGUACUGUGUCGCAAGGGUCUUGGACUGUUGGUGGAAAAUCAGAGAUGGCAUACAACAGCCGCACUGGCACUUUGCCCGUGUUUGUCGUUCAACGUACCGAAAAGAAGCGCGAUUCUGUUAAUUCAUUCUCCACCAGCAUUUCCGUUGGCGAGUUUAACAUGGCAUUCGACGAUGUCAAGGAGGCUUCGUACAUACCAACACAAACCGCCGCGGGUUCGGUAUCAAAGGAGUCGCUUCCGACCACACCUGUUGAUGGUCAGACAGUCCCACUGCCAAACGCACCUGCGGUUGCAGGCCCCGCGCUUGACAUCAACUCAGUUCCCCGGCUUGUCGCCGACUCACCUGAAUCGGCGCGUAAUUCAAUAGAUAUCGUAUGAUCCAUAUUCACACCAGAGAUCGGCUUUCUUACAUUGUCCUAUCAUUCAUUGUAUCAUCGUUUCAUUGUAUUGUUAGCUUUCCGGAGUCUGGACGUAACCACUCGGUUAUUAUCGGUUUGAUACCCACGACCAUCAAGUACCUUAUGACUAUUUGUAUGAGUCGGGACAUAUUUAGACGAUGUAGCAUUCUUCGUAGGUCGAAUCGAACAUCUUCAAAUGAA